UUCCCUCCUCUCAAUAAACCCUCAUGGAGAUUCAGUGGUUUCAGGCACCCUCGUUGUUUUCGUGCUAAACUCCAAAAAAAGGGUGGAAAAGGACUCCCAGUCCUGCAGGUGUUGAUUUUCCCCUUGUGACUUUGGCUCAAAGUCCCCAUCCUUUGGAGCCAACAGCCAGCAUGGGAGGAGAUGAGGGUUUUUGGGCAAGCAACCCCAAAUUUGUGGGGUUUUGGGCAGCUUUGCUUCAUCAUCCCUUCCUAGGGAGCUACAAGGAGAGAUAUGGGGUACCCUCAGGAUAUUUGCUGUUUAUUUUUGGCUACUGGGACAACUGUCACCUGCUCUGACCUCUGUCCUGGGCCAACCUUAACACCGCUUUCCUCAGCCAAACUUUAAAGCAGUUUCCCCACCGCUGUGGGUUAGGGAUCCAGCUCACCAAGCCCCAAGUGAAAAUCUGCAUUUCCCACAUUCUCAACCCAAACUGAUCCUUUCCCUCCCCUCAGCCAGUGCUGGAGGUCGUGGGAUUUUGGCACCUCCCGGUCUCACCUGGCUGGCAGCUGACUCACCACGGCCCCAGCAGGGUCCUGGGACAGGUUUGGCCAGGACUGGGAGCGCCUGGAUGGGGACAGCAGGGCCUGACCUUGGCUGGUGGCAGCCAGAGCCUUCCCAGGGCCCUGGGAAAAGGCACAGCCGGAGGGGCCGGGCUGGGGCCGCCAUCCCAUGGGAUUUAAGCGGCCCCAGGGCGCUGCUGGGGUGUGAGACCGGCUCUCCCCGCUGACCAUGAGGCUCCCCGUGCUCCUGGCUGCCCUGGUGGCAGUGGCCACCUGCACCGAGACCUUCUUCGGGCACCAGGUGCUGCGCAUCACCCCCCAGAGCGAUGAGGAGCUGCAGAAGGUGCAGGAGCUGCAGCACCUGGAGCACCUGCAGCUGGAUUUCUGGCUGGCUCCGCGCAGGCUCGGGCUCCCCGUGGACAUCCGCGUGCCCUUCCGCAGCCUGCAGGCGGUCAAAGCCCACCUGGAGGCCAGCGGGGUCUCCUACUCCAUCAUGAUCGAGGACGUGCAGGCCCUGCUGGCUGAAGAGCAGAUGGAGAUGCUCCGCAGCAGCCGCCAGCGGUCGGUCGACACCAGCACCUUCAACUACGAGACCUACCACACCAUCGAUGAGAUCUACAAUUUCAUGGACAUGCUGGUGGCCGAGAACCCCAACCUGGUGAGCAAGCUGGAGAUCGGCCGCUCGACCGAGAACCGUCCCCUCUACGUGCUCAAGUUCAGCACAGGGGGCACCAACCGCCCGGCCAUCUGGAUCGACACCGGGAUCCACUCCCGCGAGUGGGUGACACAGGCCAGCGGCGUCUGGUUUGCCAGGAAGAUCGUCGAGGAUCACGCCAAUAACGAAGGAGUGGCCUCCAUCCUGGAGACGAUGGACAUCUUCCUGGAGAUUGUCACCAACCCAGACGGCUAUGCCUACACCCACACCACGAACCGCAUGUGGCGCAAGACCAGGUCCAAGCACGCGGGCGCCAUCUGUGUCGGAGUGGACCCCAACCGCAACUGGGACGCAGGUUUUGGAGAUGCCGGAGCCAGCGGAAACUCCUGCUCAGAGACCUACCAUGGACCCUACCCCAACUCGGAGCCCGAGGUGAAAUCCAUCGUGGACUUUGUGAAGAGCCACGGCAACAUCAAGGCUUUUGUCUCCAUCCACAGCUACUCCCAGCUCCUGCUCUAUCCUUACGGCUACACCACAACCCCAGCACCAGAUGACCAGGAACUGCAUGAGAUUUCUGCCAAGGCCGUGGCAGCUCUGUCCUCCCUGUACGGCACCAAGUUCCAGUACGGCAGCAUCAUCACCACCAUCUACAGAGCGAGUGGCUCGACCGUGGACUGGACCUACAACCAGGGCAUCAAAUACUCCUUCACCUUCGAGCUGCGGGACACGGGGCGCUACGGCUUCCUGCUGCCUGCCAAGCAGAUCGUGCCCACGGCCCAGGAGACCUGGCUGGCGCUGAAGGUCAUCAUGGAGCACGCCCGGGACCACCCCUACUGAGCUGGGAGCAGCUGCAGAGAGGGGAGAAGGCAAUC